AUGAAUAUUAAACCAACUCGAUCUACAAUCGAUUUUACACAAAUAACUAUUGAUUCUUUAUCAUUGCCAUCUAAAAAAGAAAAACAACCAUUAUUAAUAAUGUCAAAUUCUGAACAAACUAAUAUUGAUUCUACAUUUACAACACUUGAUCUUAAUAAAAAUGUAAAAACUCUUAUGGAAUCAACAACAUAUACGCUAGGUCAUGAUUUGGAUGAUCAGCGAUCAGUGAAAACUGAUACUAAACAACAAUUUUUAGUACAACAACAAUUAAAUUCAAUACAAAACUUUGAUGGACAUGGUAAUUCAAAAAUUUGGUUAAAACAUAUUAUAGAAAAAUUUGAUUUAUUACAACUUACGUCUCUUGAACGUAAUGAAUUAAUUUCAGAAAUUCUGACUGGUGAAGCACUUAUUUGGUAUGCUGAACAACAGGAUUAUAUACCAACCUUCAUUACGUUUAUGAAGAAAUUUUUACAAUAUUUUGAUACUCAAGAGUUAAAGACAGAUUUAUCAAGACAGAUUAUUUCAUCAGCUAUGACAUCGAAGCAAGUAGAAGAUGCUAGUUGUGAAGAUACUGUUAUGAAUUGUUUACGAAAUCAAUUGUUAAUUACGAACCUUGCAAAAUUACAAAAAUAUUCUGGCAAAUUACAACAAAAUGUAUCUAAAUGGCAAAGAGAAAUUCAACAAACAAUGAAUACGUUUAAAUUAACGGAUGAUGAAAAACUUUUUUAUGUGUCUUUAUGUUUAGAAGGCGAUGCACGAGAGAUUCACCCUACUUUGGUCGGAAAGAAGAAUGUCGAAAGGUAA